AUGAAACCGAGAUUUAAUUCUCGAGGGAGGGGAGACGUAACUUGUUAUAAUUGUGGUGGACAAGGGCAUAUGGUCAGGGAUUGUCAGGAAAAAAGGUGUUUUGGGUGCGGGAAACAUGGUCAUAUAGCCCCCUUUUGCCCGCAUAAACAAGAAAGAUUGAGAUGCGCCGGGUGCGGGAGAUUUGGUCAUAAUAAAGAGGAUUGUAAUGUAGAUAAAUAUAAUACAAGGGGUGGUUUCCCACAAAGGGGAAUGGAUCAACAAAAUACUCCCAUUGUGCGAACGAUAGAAAAUAAGAGGAGCGAAGAAAUAAUUGUAUCUAAACAUAAUGAGGAAGGAAGGGCGUUGAAUGUGAUGUGUUUUAAAUGCCGGAGGGAAGGGCAUGUGGCUAGAGAUUGUUUAAAUUGUUGA